AUGAUGUUUAGCGGGACGCAGCAGAAGUGCAAGGUGUGCACCAAGACGGUGUACCCGAUGGACCAGCUCUCCACCGACGGCGUCGUCUUCCACCGCUCCUGCUUCAAGUGCCAGCACUGCAAGUCUACCCUCUCCCUGAGCAACUAUUCCUCGUUCGAAGGUGUGCCGUACUGCAAGGCCCAUUUCGAGCAGCUGUUCAAGGAGACCGGGAGUUACAACAAGAGCUUCCAAUCACAAUCACCCGCAAAGAUUACUCCGGAAAAGUUGGGCCCUGAGCUGACCAGAUCACCAAGCAAAGCUGCAAGGAUGUUUUCAGGAACACAAGACAAGUGUGCGACUUGCGGUAAAACUGCAUAUCCUCUUGAGAAGGUAACAGUUGAAGAAAAGUCCUACCAUAAGUCAUGCUUCAAAUGCUCCCACGGGGGCUGUGCGAUUACACCUUCCAACUAUGCAGCCUUGGAGGGCAUCCUCUACUGUAAACACCAUUUCUCUCAACUUUUCAAGGAGAAGGGAAGCUACAACCACUUGCUCAAGUGCGCGUCAGUCAAGCGCGCUGCUGAAGCACAGCCAGAACAACCAGCCUCUGAUUCCUCCUGA